AUGAUAUUUGACGCGUUAACGCGCCUUUUGCCUGAUCAAGGCAUCAUAUCGCAGAACCUUGAAUCAGACGACGAUCUUGACUUCAUCGACCACCGACCACAAAAUCGUCCACGGGAGACUUGCGAAGUGGUUGAGAUAGAUGACGACUCUGACGACAAUGCUAAUAGCCGACCUUCGUACUUUGAAAAGAAGCGAGCUCGAGGUGUUAGGUUCGAAAAGGAACCAAAGAGAAGCACCUGUAGACAAAAGGAUUCCGCUGGACGAGGUGACAAGGAAAUAAGAAGGAACCAGAGAAGUAGAGACGGUGGUUUUAAGGGCAACAAGAAGGGCAACAAGAAACAGCAGAAAGAACGGCAUAAAACCCUCACUCAGAUGGACUAUGUACGACGUUACCUGAAGAUCGAGCCCGAUGAGGAUGUAAAGUUGGAAUAUACCUACAUUACCCCAAAGAAGGAAAAUGCGGGGAAGCCUUCAAGAAUACCUACUUCUACCACUGAAAACCCAUCAUGUAUGCCGAGCCUCGGUCCAAGAUCUUCCAGCGAGAAUAAAAGAAGGAGACUGGAUAUUGAUCAAGCUGUGAAAGAUGGACCGGGAUCUAGCAGGCGUCCGAAAGAAGAUCUUUCUAGUCAUCCAGUCACUCCACAGAAGCCGCGCAGAUCUGAAAUACCCUCCUCGCAGUCACCCGAGAGUCCUGGAUUUACAAUUAUCUCUUCGUCUCAAUUCCGUGGUGCAACUCGGUCUUCGCUGGGGGGUGUAACAACUCCUUCGGCUACUAAUAAGCACAUGGCAGAAGAAUCGCCCACUCUCGAUCAACCUGGGAAUGAUUGCUCAGAUGCAGAGAGAAAACAGUCAUCUUGCAAUCUUUCGACAUCUGUGGAGCCGCUAUCACAAAAACGCGGGAUGGCUGAAAGACAAGCGAUAGAUUCUCUUGAGACACAAACCAACUCCACAAUGGAGCACUCUCUCUCCAGAAAUGAAGCCGUGACAAGUGACGAUGCUAAAGUGCAUCCUGCAAAUGCUCAGCGGACAGUUGUAUAUGAGACGGAUGCAGAGACUGAUUAUGGUGAUAUUCAAGACGCUUUAUCCAGUGCUCCUGGCUCUCCCUUGAAACAACACUCCAUUGAUCAUAGACCUAUAAAUGAAGACGAAUACGGUGACUUCGAAAUCGACAACUCACAAGAUCUCCCUCCUAUGACUUCCAUUGGACGUGAAAUUGAGUCCGACCUUCUGCACUCUGACCAUAUACCACCUUCAGAUGCCUCAAUUUGCUAUCAAAGAAUGCAACUAUCCACUCAAUUCCCGCUUGAGCCAAUCCCAAUACUGAAUACUCAGAAAAUGGCAGAACUCUUUCCUGACGAAUCGAAUUGCCUGCGAAAUUCCGUGCCAGGGUCACAGGCACUUCCAGAAACCAAAAUCUGUGAACCCUCUACUCAAACCCAGAGCCAAAGCCAGACCCAAACACAAAGCCAGAGUGAGACGCAAUCUCAGUCGCCAGGAGAUAUGGGCAAAUUAUCGACGGUACUUGUUCCGGAGUCUUCGCCUAUUAUACGAAAUGAAGACAAGCUAAGCCCGAACAACACUAUGCGCUACAGGCCCAGGGUUCAGGAAGCAGUGGUGCAAGUUGAGUCCUCACAGCCAGCGGACAAGGUUCUUCGACAGGGCGGGGGGGGAAUGGAUUCACGGAUUCUGUCUGAGGGCCAGAUCCUCACCUCCAGUGUUAUGGAAAGCGUGCCGAUGCCCGCACUCUGGUUGGGCAGCGAGGACAGCGUGGGAGAGCCUUACGAGAUGCCGGAUGCAUAG